UCACGUCGAUAUGUCGGUGCGACCUUUGAAAAUAUGAUUAACGUUCAAUCUCUGAAUCACUUCAACCCCUCUCUACGAGUCGUCAGUAUCACUUUGGCGUUCUAAACGAUGACAAGGAUCAGUUGCACAGUAGUACUUUUGCUUGUAAUAAAGCUGACUGGUUCAACCGAGGAAUGCGGUGAACGGUCGGUUGUUGCUCGCGAGUACGUCCACCACGGCACUCCAUCGAACCUGGGCGAGUGGCCAUGGCACGUGGCCGUGUUCCACCAGUCGAAUCGAGCGUCCCCGGCUUACGCCUGCGGAGGAACGCUGGUGAGCAACGCGUACGUUGUCACCGCAGCUCACUGUACCUACCCGCGAAACAAGGUUCGACCGCUCAAGAUUACGGAGCUGUUUGUCCGCGCGGGUAUCGCGAGUCUGGUCAAGCUGGAACCCUCGCUGCAGCAGAUUGCCAUUCGAGACAUUAUACGGCACGAGGGGUUCAACACGGGUACGCUGGAGAACGAUAUCGCGCUAUUGAAGUUGGUCGGAGAGAUUGCGCAAACCGAUUACGUAAAGCCGGUCUGCUUCUGGACGGGGGGUGACGCGGAAGAGCUAGUUGUCGGGAAGAACGGUUACAUCGCCGGGUGGGGACGUGACGAGAAGAACGAGCUUUCUGACGAGCUAAAGUCGGCGGUUAUGCCGAUUGUGUCUCGGGAGGCCUGCCAGGAAAGUGAUCCGAACUACUAUACGAGAUAUUUGUACGACCGGAAGACACUGUGUGCGGGCUUCCGAAACGGAACUUCCGCCGGACCAGGCGACAGCGGGGGAGGACUAUUUUUGGAGAUUGGUGGAAAGUGGACCCUGCGUGGAAUUGUCAGCAAUGGAAAGGCGGAUCAUGCUACAAUUAUAGACACCAAGAACUACGUGGUGUUUACAGAUGUUGCUUAUUACAGAAUGUGGAUCGAUUUGAAGCUCGAUGGGAAAGAUGCAGCUGAUAUAUUGGAGUCGCCAGGGGAAAACUUUGCGGUUUGUGGAAAGAAACCCGAUCCUAAAUCAAUGCGUCGCGGCUACCUCGAAGAAAGACCGUGGCCUUGGAAGGGAGACGUCUUCAAGGUUGGAGAUUUAGAAAAUGCUUUAUGUGAGGCAGCUAUCAUUGAUGAAAAUUUUCUGGUUGCUCCAGCAGAUGCUUUUAGUGAUGCAAUCGUAGAGAACCCAACACAACUAGAAGUAGCAUUCUUUUCUUUUGAAAAUGGAAGGAAUAAAAAGUUCCACAACCAGAAGGUUGGAAGAAUAAUUCGCCACGAAAAGUUUGAUCCAAGAACCAGAUGGAACAAUAUUGCGUUGAUAGAAUUAAAAGUACCCUUAAGAUUCACAGAGAGAUUGCGUCCCAUAUGCAUGCAUUUUGAUGAACCUAUUGGACUAUUUUCAAACUUCUUUGUGGGCAUCCACGGAGACCUCGGAAACGCUAUUUUAAAUGGUGACAAAACCUGUGGACAACAGUUCGACACUUCAGAGCAGUUCUUUUGUCACGAACUUCCGGCUCAAUUCCGUGGCGUUGUUCCAGACUUGCUGUACCAAAGCUACAAAGGCUUGUGGUUUCUCCGAGGGAUCACUUUCAACGUGACUCCAUUUGCUACGUACUGGCCAGAGCCCGACAAACUCUUCAAAACAGGUUAUUACACAGUUUUGCUCAACAUGACACAGUACACAGAUUGGGUCGAUAAAAAUGCCGUUGUUUCAUCGAACAACAUAUUUGGUCUUGAGUCUUGUCCAGGACCACAUGCUUGGAUGAGUUCGAUACACUAUCGUGGCCAAGAGAAGUGUCUAGCCGCUCUUGUGUCUCCUUCACUUGCCCUAACCAUAGCGGAUUGUGUUAACGGAAUCGAUUUGAGAGAUUUGAACAUUUAUGUAAACAGUGACGUAUCCUCCAGCAUCAGUGCGGUUCACGUGCACCCUAAUCACGACAGUCAGCUUCUUACCAACAACAUCGCAAUCGUCCAGCUGUCCCAACCGGUAGCCGUCGAGCCAAUCUGCCUCCCGAAAACCAACGAAAAACUCUCCAAACUCAACUUUCAAACCAUGUUCUUGGGAGGGACCGAACCUCACUACACCGGAGUAUUCAUGGAGUUCGAGUUUGAACCGGUCAACCUAACCCUCUCUAAUGUGCACUACUGUGCCCGAGAUUGGGCCCGGGAAAACACGGUAGUAAACACCAAGGGUGUCCACAUGUGCGGCCACAUGUCACUGGAUCCGGAGCGGCAACCUCCCUGCGAUAACAAGCAAGCCGGAAUGCCAUUGUUCUACCGGAACAGCCAAGAUGGGGCAACCUAUUUGCGCGGCCUGCUGGACAUUCCCAAGCAUGAUCACUGCAACCUUCGAGGCGCACCGGAAGUGUUUCUCGACGUUAUGCAUUACGCCGAAUGGAUUGCGGAAGUGGCCGCUGGGGACGAUCAUAAUAGGGUUGGGGACAACAUUCCACGAAGAAGUUGGAGAAUCAUAGAAGAUCCAGUUACGGUCAUGCCAACAAGGAAUCGGCAUGUUUUGCAACUGGACAGAACUACGCCGAGAGUCAUUGUUUAACAAGUCUAUUUGGAUUAAAAAUAAACAAGGAUCAGUGCAGAA